UACGUUAUAUCGUGUUGUAUUGCAAAGUUGCAAGGUGGUUUAAAAUCUAGAUAUACGUUCAGUGUUUGAAUAUAUUCAACAGGUUACAUUUAAUUUUUUUUUACUCAAAUUCUUUUUUUGUUUUUUUGUUUGGGCGUUAACAACAGCGUUUGAUCCAUCAAAUAAUACCUCUUAAGUGAAAAGUUAAAAAAUACCUUCCAAUUUGAAAUGUGUUAAGUGCUUUUAAUAUUGAAAAGUGAAAAAAAAUUUAUUGUUGUUUAUUUAAAAAAAACUUAUUUGGUUAAAAAUGUCUCAAGUAAACGAUAAUGGAAACGCAAUUGAAGGUGCACGGCUAUGCCAUAUCAUCAAAUCACCAAAAUUCGAAGGUUAUGGUUUUAAUUUACAUGCUGAAAAAAGUAAACCUGGACAAUUUAUUGGUAAAGUGGAUGAAGGAUCACCUGCAGAAGCUGCUGGUUUACGACAAGGUGAUCGUAUAUUGCAGGUAAAUGGUGUAGACAUUGCAAAUGAAAAUCACAAACAAGUUGUUGAACGUAUUAAACAAGAUCCAAACGAAACAAAAUUAUUGGUGUGUAGUCCUAACACCGAAGACAAUAAUACUCAAACACUAAACACAAAAGUUACGGAAAAAAAUCAUGCUGAAAAUAAUUCAUCGCCACCAAAUUCAAAUAAUCAUACCAAUAAUGAAACAAAUCAAUCCAUUGGCUUGAAAUUAAAUAUGACGGCAGCUGAAUUACGUGCACAAUUAGCGAAUAGAAAAAAAUAUGAUCCAAAAAAAGAAACGAUUGACUUUAAAAAGAAAUUUGAUAUUGUUCAAAAACUUUAAAUUUUAUUUAAUUUU